GCAAUUCCAAAGCUGUAUUCAGGUUCCAGAUCAUCUUCCCUCCCACGUCUACCACCAGCUCAACUCUCUUUCGAAAAUGCCGUUCGCAAAGGUCAACUACAAGCAAAUUUACUACAAGGAUUGGUCGCCAAAAGAUGGUUCCACUCCUCGAGCAACACUUGUCAUGAGCCAUGGCUUGGGCUCAAGUAACAACUACUACACCUCAGUGGUACCCUUCUUGACCGAGCAGGGUUACCGCUGUGUCUGUUUCGACAUGACAGGAUCUGGUCGCUCACCUUACACUCAUGUCGAGCAAAGCAUUCACACCCUGGCAGGAGAUGUGGUUACUCUCAUGGAUGUCUUAUCAAUCGACAAAGCAGUGUUCGUCGGACAUAGCAUGUCAGGAGUGGUCGGUCCUGAGCUAGCUGCUGAAUGGCCCGACCGUGUUCGAGGACUCAUCUUAGUUGGCCCUGUGUGGCCAAAUCCGGAAGUCGCGCCCGUCUUUGAAGACCGCAUCAACAAGGUUGCAGAGAAGGGUAUGGAAGUCAUGGCAGACACUGUGCCAUAUGCUGCUGUUGGUUCUAAAGCGACUUCCCUACACCACGCUUUCAUCCGCGAACUUCUGUCUGGAAUGACACCUGCUGGAUAUAUCAGUCUUUGCAGAGUUAUUGCCAACGCGUACAAGUCACCACCGAAGUAUGAGAAGGUCUCUUGCGCUACUCUUAUCAUUGCGGGAGAGGAGGAUAAGAGUGCUCCUUUGUCCGGCUGCAAGAAGAUCAUUGAAGCACUUGGCUCGGAGAAGAAGGAUAUGGUUGUGAUGGACAAAUGUGGCCACUGGCACUGUAUUGAAGGUCCAGAGGAAGUCGGAAAGUUGUCACUGGAUUUCUUGAAGCAGAUUUCAUAAAACAGGAAUCGAUUCAUCGAUUAAUCCGACAAGAUUGCUCGCGAUCUUUGACACAUGAUCUGUAGCUCGACAAGCAUAUGUGUUGGAGCAACCGAUAUCGCUGAAUGAUGCUGGAGAGAAAAUUCUGCAGGUACCCGCUUGGUUGAACUACAUUGCAUAAGUGGUCCGCAAAGCGUGUGUCUGGGUUCCUGAAAACGUAGAGUGUUACAGAAGUAACGAAAUUCGGAAAGCCAUCAU